AAAGGUUAUCCCCGUGUCAUUACCUUCAAAGCCUUCUCUAAACUUUUUAAAACAGUUGAUCGCAGCAAGAGGUCCCAGUGGUUUUGAAGCAGCAGUACAGCAGACCUGGGUAGAACACAUCAAAGAUAUCGCCGACCAGAUUGAGACAGACUACUACGGCAACUGUUGGGCAACACUUAAAGCACCUAUAGAUAACGCUCCAACAAUUGUUGUUACAGGACAUGCUGACGAAAUUGGUCUGAUGGUUAACCAUAUCGAAACAUCUGGUUUAUUACGUAUAGUUCCCAUUGGUGGUAUUGAUCCUACAAUUUUGUCAGGACGACGUAUAAAAAUUCAAACCGACCAAGGAGAACUCUAUGGUGUCAUCGGAUCGAUUCCUAUCCAUUUACAAAAUAAAAAAGGAGAACGUAAACCACCAACGAUCGACGAACUUUUUAUUGAUUGCGGUUUUAAAAAUGGUGAAGAGGCAGCUAAACAGGUACGCAUCGGAAAUAUUGCUACCAUAGCUGACAACCUCGAAAUGCUAGGAGAAACGCGUAUUGUGUCACGAGCAACGGACAACCGCAUCGGUAUUUAUAGUGCUGCAGAAACGCUACAGCGGUUAGCCAAAAAACGUCACAAACUAGAGGUAAAUGUUAUCGCUCUUUCAACCAUUCAGGAAGAAAUUGGCCUUGUUGGUGCACAGCUCGCCACACGCCAAAUCAAGCCUGACCUGGCUCUAGUUGUAGAUGUCACCCAUGCCACAGAUAUUCCUGGUAUUUCUCAAGCAAAGCAUGGCAAGGUAGAAAUGGGUAAAGGACCAACGAUAACCCACGGAACAUCUAACCACCCGCGACUUGUAGAACGUAUUAUGGCUGUAGCUACGACAAAUAACAUUCCCUUACAACACGAAGCUUCUAGCCGGUAUACCGGUACCGAUACAGAUGCUAUUUAUAAAGCAACAACCGGUAUCCCUUCAGCACUUAUCAGCUUACCCAACCGUUAUAUGCAUACACCAAGUGAAGUUAUCGACCUAGAAGACCUAGAAUCCCUCGUAUCGCUGUUAACAGCUGUAAUUCUUGAUCUUAAGAAAGAUGAUGUCUUUUGUAAUAUUAAUCUAUAA